ACACAAUUUGAAAAUGGAGACUAUACGUCUAUACAUUUGGCUCUAGCUCGCCAAGGGGAAACGGCUCUGGAUUAAUGCACUUGGUCGUCCCUACUCCCUAACACGAAUGCUCGGAACUCGGAAGUAACUUGGGUCAAUAUAUUUCAUAUCCAGUCAAAUGAACAGAACGAGGUAAAAUGGGAAAGUCAUCCCUUCCCCUUUGGAGUUUGGACCCACACUUCUUCCACCAGUUCUGCACAGUUCAAAAAUUCAAACACAAAAAGAAAUAAAAAUUGAAGAAAGGAAACUGCCAAGCUCACAACCACGUGUUCAUCUCCUUCCACACCACCCUUUGUGACUGUACAUCACAACCGCUCUCCCCUAAUACCCGACUCCACAGCCACCUGUUCUCUCCUUCUUCUCUGUUCUCGUCGUCGUUACCCUCUUCGUAUUAAUGCCCCGCAUUUCUCUCUCUACGUAAGGACAGCUAUUUCGUCGUUUUGAUCCAAAACCAAACCAACAUUUGUUCAGAACUCAUAGCCCAUCUCUCAAUCUCCCCCAUUUCAUAUGAAAGCCACCACCUUUGGUCUCUCUGAGGUCCUAUUGUGAUUACCCACUUCAUUUAUCGACCCUGUUGUUGAAAAAGGUUACAUUUUUCGGUUGUUUUGUGUGUGCUUUGAUCGUUUGGAUCCUACCCUUUUGGGAAGUUUGAAGCUUUUUGAAGGUGUUGGGGUGGGGCUUGAGAUGAGUGUUGCUGAGGAGGAACAGAGUGGUUUUGAGAUUGGGAUUGUGGUUCCGAAGAGAACUGUAAAGGAUGGUGAUGGAGAUGACUGUGUGGAGGUUUUGUUAAAUGAGUUUAAGAAUGUGGGUUUUAUAGUUGAGAGAGUUUCUGGCGUUGUUGAUGACUUUAUCAAGCUGGCAGCGCCGUUGGAGACUUUGGGGAGAGCUGCUGUUGAGUUGCAAAUCAAAAAGCGAACCCGAAUCGGGAUGGAUUUACAAUUUGAAUGGGAAGAGGUUGAUGCUUUUGUGAGGCAGCCUGAUGGUUCAUUGUUCAGCUGGUGUGAGCGUUUUCAGUGCUAUAGACACUUGAUAUAUGGAAUUAUGAACAAGGGCAGGUCAGCUGAAACUCUGAGAUUUGAGGGGAAGGAGUUUUAUUGGGAAAUUGGGGAACAUUUACUUAAGAAAUUGGAGUCACAGAGGAUUGUCAAAGAUGUUUUCCCUUUGCAUGAUGAAGUGAAAAGGAAGAAACUUCUUCAUACUUGGGCUUUGCACUGGUGGGAUUUCACAAGCCAGCCCAUAGAUGAAGUUUAUUCAUAUUUUGGUACAAAGAUUGCCAUCUAUUUUGCUUUCCUCGGAAUGUAUACGCAGUGGUUGCUGUUUCCAGCUACGUUUGGGCUUAUUCUGCAGAUAUUUGAUUUUGGGUCGUUGCAGUUACUGGUGCUCCCCCUUUUCUUUAUAAGCAUAACAUUAUGGGCUAUAAUGUUUUCCCAGUUCUGGAAACGCAAAAAUGUCGCUCUUUUAGCUAGAUGGCAUAUCAGUUAUCCAAUCAGAACUGACCUGGGAAAUAGGCAGUUGGGCACAGUUUGGAGUUCCCCGCAGUCAUCUGUUGAACUCAUGAAGAAAUGGGGCACAGACAAAACAAAAGAGAAAGAAAUGUUUCAAAGAAUUGAGUGGUUUGGACGACUAAUGAGAUUCCGAAAUGAUGCUAUCAUUAUAGUUAGUAUUAUAUGUCUCCAGUUACCAUUUGAGCUGGCAUAUGCUCAUCUUUACGAGGUUAUCGAGUCUGAUAUUGUGAAGUUUGGGUUGACGACCGUGUAUCUUUUUGCCAUUCAGUUUUUUACACAGCUUGGGGGCAAGGUCUCUGUCAAGCUUAUUAAUUACGAAAAUAAUGAAAACAGAGAAAAAAGAGCCGACAGUUUGGUAUACAAGGUAUUUGGUCUUUAUUUCAUGCAGUCAUAUAUUGGAGUCUUCUACCAUGCUCUUUUACACCGCAACUUUUUGACUCUUCGCACAGUUUUGAUUCAGCGGCUGCUUGUUUCUGAGGUAUUGGAAAACUUGGUGGAAAAUACUUUACCAUAUUUGAAGUACAGUUAUAAAAAAUUUAGAGUCCGAAGCAAGAAGAAACGUGAAAAAGGAUCAUCAACCGGGAGAAUCCAAUUUUCUUCUAGGGUGGAAAAGGAGUACCUGAAACCGUCUUAUUCUGCAAGCAUUGGUAUGGAGCUUGAAGAUGGACUUUUUGAUGACUUUCUAGAGUUAACACUGCAGUUUGGAAUGAUCAUGAUGUUUGCUUGUGCACUUCCCCCUGCUUUUGCCUUUGCUGCUGUGAACAACUUAACCGAAAUUAGGACAGAUGCAUUGAAGCUUCUUGUCAUGCAUAAGAGGCCAAUUCCUCGUGUUUCCAUAACAAUUGGUGCUUGGCUGAACAUAUUUCAGUUUCUUGUAGUUACAUCGAUAUGCACCAACUGCGCCCUGUUAGUAUGGUUAUAUGAUCAUGAAGGGAAAUGGAAUAUAGAGCCUGGCCUAGCUGCAAUUUUGAUUAUGGAACAUAUCCUCCUGUUGAUCAAGUUUGGUUUUUCUCGCUUUGUUCCUGAGGAACCUGCUUGGGUACAGGCAAACCGCGUGAAAAAUGCAACAGAGGCCGAAUACUUGUGCUCCAAACAGCUUUUGAGGAACAUUUCUGGAGGAGAGAGGGCAGGAGGUGUUACUGCUGCAGCCAAGAAGACAGAAUAAAGUUGGAGGUAGGCGGUUUUUGGUAGUUUCUGGGAAGUGUAAAAACAAUAGCCCUUCUCCAAAACCUGAUCUUUUGGGUCGGAUAAUUUUCAGUUCAGCAUGCAGUCACCAAGAUUGUUCCCCAGUUUUUGUUUUGUUUUUGUUCUGUGUUGGUAUAGACGUAUAGUGAAAAUGUAGAGGUUUGAAUGUAGAUGUGUAGUACCAUACAAGUUGAUACAAGUUUUCUCUUGAUUAAUGUAGAUCUGUUAUCUGUUUUGUAUUUACAAAAGAGUAGAAAGACAUAACAGCUAUUUACAUAUUUCUUGUGAGCAAGUUUGGUCAUCGAGUCUUAUAAAUUUCUAGUAUUUGCAAUUUUGCGUA